UAACGAGGAGAGCUAGUGCUGGGUGAAGGUGCGGGGAACUUCGGGGGUGCCAAGAAAUCGCGAGUCUUCGUUCCAAACUCGACGAAGCGCGUGUGGCACCAACCGCGCAUACCAUUGCUAGACGCGAACUACACCAUGUCGCGUAUGAGUAUGGCGCCGCAGCGCAAUUUGUCGCUGACAGAGGAAUUGGAGAAACUAGAGCAGUCCAUUACCCUGACACUGCAAGAAAUCGACCAAAACUUCAGCCGCGCUCAUCGCAUCGUCACAACCGGAAUUCUACCGAUCGUCGAACAAUACGGGAAACAUUCGGAGGCUGUUUGGGAGGGUUCCAAGUUCUGGAAACAGUUCUUCGAGGCCAGCGCCAAUGUGUCUCUAUCGGGCUACGAAGCCCCCGAGCAAGACGAGUCAGCUGUACAAGAUGAGACUGAACAGUCACAAACGUACGAUGAUGAGACGGCCGAGGACGAGGAUACCGUGACUGGAACGACGACAACACCACCACGACCCUUGUCCGCACAAGAAGAUGCCGAAUCGACUCUCGCUUUCGACUCGCCUUCGCUCGGACACAGCACUCCGCGGGCUCCACCUUCCACCACAGGAGGCAAACAUCAUGAGGAUGAGGAAGAGAGCGAAUAUGAGGAGCAGCCUCAGUUCGCUGGCAUGUCUUCGCCAUACGAGGCAUUGAAAUCCGAAUUCAGACCCAACAUUGGCGGCACGAAGACGCCGAAGCUGGAGCCUGUCACGCCUGGCAAGUCGCAAGCCCUUCCAGAUAUGAGCGGCUUUGAAUCUUCGCCCUUCAUGCAGCCUACCGCCACGAAACAAUCCUACGUUAACAACGACCCGCUGCUCCAUCGCGUUCUCGACAAGACAUACCGCGUACAAGCUACACCACUUAUCAGCCCGAGAAAGUACAAACCAACGGGUGCUUUCACCCCUCGCACCGGCGGUCAGCGCGGAGCACCUACGCCACGAAGCGCAGCUACCAAGUUACUAGACUUCGACUCUUCACCUCCCUCUUCACCAGCACCACAACUACGUGCCGACAUCUUUUCGCCCAUGAAGACGCCGCGGACACCGGGUAUAAGCGUGCAGACACCUGCAAAGGGCAAACAGCCCAUGAGUAUCCACCGGACUGGCGGCACAAUCUUCGAUGACAGCGACGAAGAGGACGACGAUGUUGACUUCAGUCCUCCGAAGACGAUACAAUUCCACAUUCCCCAGAGCAAGCUGAUGCAGACGCCUGCGCGAGAAGCUAGCAAGCGUAUUGUGGAUGACUUGCUUAUGACAGCUGGCGGCGAUAUCACAGACUCAACGGGCGGUAUGGAUGAGGACAGUCCGAGUGUGGUAAGACGGCAAGUGGAUCUUGACGAUAGCUUUUAGAUGAUGGAUCGAUGCCGCGAAUAGUUGAGUAGCUCUUUGAGCGUGUUACAGAUAGACUUCGAUACCCCACAACAUAUAGAACUUUAGUCGAUCUAGAAUCAGAUGCACGGUGUGGGCGUCUUGCAUGUGAUGAUCCACAGCGGAACACUAGCGCCUGAGACCCCUGCAGCAGCUGUGUCCGUG